AAAGAGUCACCAUAUGCUGUCCCAUCUCUGAUUACAUGAUUAAUGUGCAUUGACGAUAUUAAGGGUUCAGAGAAAUUGGCUAUAGAGAACUAAUCCAUAUUUGCGUUUUCAGAUCUGUCUGGAGGAGAACACAAUGUUGGUCUUUCUCCCCCUUCUGAUGCUUAGUUGGGGUGCGCAUGGUGGUCUCCCUCAUCCAAGGCCAAAGUGCGAUCGCUGCGAUGAAAACUUUGCUUGUGACUGCUCUUCUUCAAAUCUACAGGAAGUCCCUGCCGUCUCCACCUCAGUCAAAAGUCUGGACCUCUCCUUUAAUGAAAUCAAGACUAUAGGACAGGAUGACCUCUGUGAUUACAGUAAUCUAGAGGUACUGAUUCUGAGGAGUAAUGUUAUUUCCUCAAUCGCCGAACAAGGUUUCUCAACUCUCAACAAAUUAGAGGUGUUGGACCUGUCAGAUAAUCGAUUAAAUGAUUUGUCCGAGAUGUGGUUUAAGAGACUCUCCUCCCUUAAACAUCUAAAUCUUUUGGGUAAUAAGUACGAAACAUUUGGGAAAGGGUCUCUCCUCCACUCAAUGGUAAAGCUUAGUACUCUCAUAGUUGGGAACCCGUUUCUUGCCUCAGUUUCUGAAGAUAGCUUUAUUGGGCCCAACCAUCUUCAGAGCUUUGUGUUCUAUGGUAGCGGUUUGAAGAACUACCAACCAGGGAGCUUCAGUCGAAUCAAUUCCAUUGAUGAAGUGACUGUUAGCAUCGAUGGCCCAUUUCAGAGAGACACAGCCCUUACAACAGACAUCUUGAGAGAUCUUUCACGCCCUGACACCAAAAUCAUCUUGUCAGAUUUGAGAAUCAGCAGGGAGCAGUUGAUGCCUUUUCAAGUGGUCUUUCAGAAGGGUGUCAAAAGCAUCCUCUUGAGAAAUUUAAGCUGUAGCACUGAUACCAUAGUUUCCCUGUUAGGCAUGACUCAGCAUUCAAUGCUGACCUCUAUUGGACUGGAGGAUUGUGAGUUCAAUGGAGAGCUAACUGUUUCAGUGGAAUUCCCAAAACUUGACUUUGUUAAUGAGAUUUAUGUAAAAAAUGUAAAACUGGCUAAGUUCUAUAUCUUCCCUGCAUUACACACCAUCACCCAACUGGUACAAAUCCUAACACACCUGACAAGAGUGGCCGUAAUUGAAAGCAAUGUCUUUGCAAUGCCCCAUGAAACAACAUUUCUUCUGUACAACCUUGAAUACAUGGAUAUGAGCAGAAAUCAAUUGACCGAUUUAACCCUGCGCGAAGCUCUCUGUGAUGGGCUGCGAAGUGCGUGCUUGCCGUCUAUUACAGUAUUUAAUAUUAGCAGCAAUUACAUUCGUUCCUUUCAAACCCUGAGUCACCUCUUCGAGGGAAUGAAAAUGCUGGCUGCCCUUGACCUGAGUCUGAACGUCUUCCACACUAUGCCCGAGGCCUGUGCCUGGCCCCAGUCUCUCCGCUAUCUGAAUCUCUCUUCAUGUCAGUUAAGAAGAGUAACAGCCUGUCUCCCUCGGACUUUGCAUGUCCUGGAUUUGAGCUAUAAUGACCUGACUGUAUUUGAACACAACAUGCCAAACUUGACUGAGGUUCAUCUAUCUGGAAACAGACUCAAGACCUUACCAGAAGGAAGACUCUUUGCACACUUGGAGGUGCUCUACAUCAAGGGAAACCCCUUCAUAUCCUUCAGUCAAAACCAGAUUAGUAACUACGGCAGCCUUAGGAUCUUGGAGGCUGGCGCAGACACCUAUGUGUGCUCUUGUGAAUUUGUGAGCUUCUUCAAGCAUGAACUCAGUCAUUUAGUGAAGCUAGACAGGAAGCAGGCGUACAUCUGCAGCUCACCGUUUGCACUGAGGGGGGUUGAAGUGACCGACGCCCACCUUUCUGUCUUUGAGUGCCAUGCUUCUUUGGCCUUCUCCACCCUGUGUGCGUUUGUGCUUGUGGUUGUCAUCAGUGCUGUGGUGAUGUGUCACAAGCUCCACGUCGUUUGGUACCUACAAAUGACAUGGGCGUGGAUACAGGCCAAAAGGAGGCCUGCAGCCCGUAAGGAUCAGGUGUGCUACGAUGCCUUUGUGUCCUACAGUGAGAGAGAUGUGGAGUGGGUGGAGGAGCUGCUGGUGCCUGAACUGGAGGGGGCCGAGCCACCGUUCCGACUCUGCUUGCACAAACGCGACUUCCUGCCUGGAGGCUGGAUCGCAGACAGCAUCAUGGCCGCCAUGGAGAAGAGCCACAGGACUCUAUUCAUAGUUACCGAGCACUUCGUCCAGAGCGACUGGUGCCGCUUUGAGUUGGAGUACUCACACUUCCGGCUGUUUGAUGCAGCCAUACUCAUUGUCCUUGAACCCAUCCCUGACUCAACGAUUCCCAAAAGGUUCUGCAAGCUGCGAAAGAUCAUGAACUCAAGAACCUAUCUGGAAUGGCCAGAGGAGGACAGCGAAAGACCCAGAUUCUGGCAGUCUCUCAAAGACACUUUACAUAUGCCUUAGUUGUUCAUAUCUAGCAAACAUUUUGUAACAUCUGAGUCAUCAUCAAAGUAAAUGUUAACUUUAAAUAUAAUUUGUAUAUAUCAAAAUUGUCAUAAUCUUUGUACAAUUUCUGUGUGAUUCUGUGGGUUUAGUAAUGUGUUUACCUGAGUUGAAUGUGCGUGUGUGGGAGGAAGGGGUCUUGGUUCGUUUUUUUCUGUUGUAACUGUGUGUCACAGUCUGAAAUCCAGCCUUUUAGAUCGUUAUUGAUUGAAUGACUGUUAAUUGACUAAAAAUGAAGUGUGACGUGUUGUUAAUUAAUUAUUAAUUACAUGAACCUGUAAAAUAUAGAUGAGUUUUGAAAAA